AUGCUCAACAGGCUCGCUUGGAGUUUGGAACUUGAUCUCCUACCGCCCCCCGUCCAAGCUUUCCUCUCAGCUCACCUCAACCCCAGCACACUGGCACAGAACACAACACACCCACCCGCAGCACAGCACAGCGCAGCAACCGCAACCGCAACAGCCACGCCCGCCCGCCCGCACCGCCCCGCCCGCACCGCCCCGCCGCUACAUGACGCAGCAACCCCCGCAUCCCCCCCAACCACCACCACCACAACCACCAUUCCCGCGUCCCGCACGAUGGACCUCCCCGCGCCCCCCCACCACCACCACCACCACGCAACCUCCUCGCCCGCCGAAGCAGCAGUAGUCUCCCCCUCCCCCUCCUUCCAGCCGCUCGCGCUCGACUCGGAGGAGACGCUCCGCCGCUGGAGCUCCUUCAUCGGCAUUGUCAUCGCCAUCUGCGGCAACAUCCUCAUCUCGCUCGCGCUCAACAUACAGAAGUACGCGCACAUCCGGCUCGAGCGGGAGGCGGAGAAGCGGCGGCGCCUGUGGAGGCGCCGCCGCCGACACAACCAGCUGGCACGCAGUGACGGUAGUGGUAGUCCCGGCAGCACCGACCCCGACAGCAGCAGCGCAUACAGCUCCGAGUCGCAGUCGCCGUCGUCGAGCGUGCCCGGGACGCCGCCGCCGCCGCCGCCGCCGCCCGACGAGGCGACGGGGCUGCUGCGCCACCACAGGGAGAAGGAGGCCGCGCCGCCGCCCGACCAGCUGUACCUGUCGUCGCCGUACUGGUGGGUGGGGUUCGUGCUGAUGACGGUCGGCGAGUGCGGCAACUUCCUGGCGUACGGGUUUGCGCCGGCGAGCAUUGUGUCGCCGCUGGGCGUCGUGGCGCUGGUGUCGAACUGCGUGAUUGCGCCGGUGGUGCUGAAGGAGCCGCUGCGCGGGCGGGAUGUGGUGGGUGUUGUGGUCAGCAUACUGGGCGCGGUGGUGGUGGUGUGGAGUGCGGAGAAGGAGGAGACAAAGGUGGGUAUCGAUCUGACCUAUAGCAGUGAUACUUCUGUCGCGAUGAUGUUGAGGAGGAGGGGGAAUUAUAUGCUGUCAGAGAGAACUGAGGCUGAUGGUUUGCUCGACCAGCUCGGCCCGGACCAAAUCCUGGAGGCCAUCUCGCAGACCGCGUUUGAGGUGUACUUUGGCAUCACAUGUGCCAUGAUCGUGGCGCUGAUGUAUCUGUCGUCCAAGUAUGGGCGCAAAACAAUCCUGAUCGACCUCGGCCUUGUCGCCCUCUUUGGCGGCUACACCGUCCUCUCAACAAAAGGCAUCUCCUCCCUCCUCUCCUCCUCCUUCUACCACAUCUUCACCUACCCCAUCGCCUACCUCUUCACCACCAUCCUCCUCCUCACGGCCGUGCUGCAGAUCAAAUACGUCAACCGCGCCCUGCAGCGCUUCGACUCCACGCAGGUCAUACCCACGCAGUUUGUCCUAUUCACCAUCUCCGUCAUCCUCGGCAGCGCGAUCCUGUACCGCGACUUCGAGACCGUCACGCCCGAGCGCAUGGUCAAGUUCACAACAGGCUGCGCACUGACCUUCUGGGGCGUGUGGCUCAUCUCGUCAAGACGCGCGGGGAAGCACUGGGACGACGAGUACGCCGCCGCCGCCGACGACGACGACGACGACCACCUGCCCGCCGACCUGGAGAGCGCGUAUGGAGGGACCGCGACGGCGAAUAUCGACCUCGGCAAGAGCAGCAGGGCGCUGCCAACAGCAUCGCCUGCGUCGCCCGCGUCGUCGCCGCCGCCGCGGCAGCAGCAGAGGCCGGCGAUUGUCCGCGGUAUAUCGGCGUCGAGUAUCGCGAUCCUCGACGCGUUCCCGGCGACGCCGAGCGCGGGGCAGAGUCGUAUGGGGUCGUAUGUGGCGUCGCGGCCGCCGUCGCGGAUGGGCGGCGAGGAGUCGCCGAUGGGGUCGGUGGCGAGACGGGCGGCGGGGGGCGGGGUGGGGAUGCAUAGGAAGAGUGUGUCGAAUUUGUUGCCGGGGCCGCUGCUGAUUGGGGAUUGGGCGAGGAGGGGGAGCGAGGCUGAGGAGGGGGAGAGGGGGGAGGGGAGGAGAAGGAGUGGGAGUUUGGGGGUUGUGUUGGGUCUGCUUGGAAGCGGGGGGCUGGGGGAGGAGAGUGGGGAGGAGUAG